AUGUCUUUAUUCAUAGCUAUGAGCGAGAGAGCGAGCAUGAGCGAGAGAGCGAGCGAGUCACUACUGCUAGCUAAGACCGAAGCCCUUCACGAGGCAAAUCAAACAAUUAUCACACUCAAACUCCGUAUCCAAAAACUUUCUGAGGAACUUAAAUCAAAAUCUACACUACUCACAACAUGUAUGGAUGUGGCCCACCAGCAAUCGCUCCACCUGUUCUCCCUCCAAGCUACCCUCCAAGACACGCUACCCUGGGAGCCUCACAGCCCAAAGACCUCAUCCCGACCGCCAUCCACCACAGCACCUAACCAGGACUCAACCUGGACUGAAGUCACAACUCGAACAAGGAAAACCAACAGCACCACCCCCUGGAACCCGGCCGGACCUACCUCAAGCUCCACGCCGAGCAACCCACUGCUCCGGUCCGAGAUCCUCGCCGGCAGUGUGACGGAUCCCCCUAACGAUGCCUCCACUGUCCGGUUAGCCCUCUCCAACCGCUUCGAGGCCCUUAUGGAUCCUCCUAAGCCCGACAGGACCAGCCCGAACCAGUCCCUUCUCCGCGGUGACGUGGCGGUGUACUCUACAGCGGCUGCCAGAGCUCCCAUGGCUCCUACACGGCCACCCGGCGGAGCCCCCGGACCUUCGUCAUCAUCCAUCGAUGUCUCCGCGGCGUGCCGGCCCGACGAUCUUCGGGCGACCAGCUCCCGGGCGUCACCGGGCGCUGGUUCGAAGAACACUUCCCCCACUUCAGUCCGCUCUGAGAGCCGGACCGCGUCCUCGGCCGCCCGCAGGAGGUUUCUCCGGGAGGCAGUCCGACGGAACUCCGCCGGGCCCGCCAUCGCCGCCUCGGACCGAGAUGGCAGACCACCCCCGCUGCCGCAGCCGUCCACCGCACCUCUGAGUCCACCCAGCCCGGCCAUCAGCUCCACUUCGGGCACAGGAGCCAUGAAACCCCUGCCGCUGUUCCCACCCACCACCUUGAUCGUCGGUGACAGCAUCACACGAGGUAUCCGUUUCUUCAACGCCACUACUCAUUCUUUCCCCGGUGCAACUGUUGCCGACAUCAUAACAAAACUCCCCGGUCUUCUUCAGUCACUCCCUCCCUCUAUCCACCGCAUCAUUGUCCACGUAGGCACCAACGACACAGCUCAUAAACAAUCUGAACUGACCAAAAUGGACUUCAAAUCACUUCUCCACAUCCUUCAGUGCAGCGGCAAAUCUGUUUUUAUAAGUGGUCCGCUACCAACGCUAACACGUAGCAUUGAUCGUUUUAGCCGGCUCCUCAGUCUGAACUCCUGGCUUCGCUCACUCUGCAGCACCCUCUCCACCCACUUCAUUGACAAUUUUAAUCUGUUCUGGAAUCGACCCACAUUUUACUCCCAUGACGGACUUCACCCAAAUAAACUGGGCUAUUACACACUCAAUGCUAAUAUCCAACACCAUAUACACACCAACUGA